GACGCUCGGACGUCGGUCGCAUUCACGGCCGCCUACCUUCCCAACAUCAUCGAGCCAAGCCUCCUCGACCGGCUCAACGCCUUCUUGACCAUACGUUUUCAACCCUUUCAUAGACGCCUGAACAGAGUUCGAGGGCGCAAGACGAUAAUGUCGGCGUUCACAAACGAUUAUUCAGCGAUCCUCAACGAUCUGAACCGCGACGUGCUGCGACAGCGUCCCACCGACAUCCUGCAGUUCUGCGCCGAUUGGUUUCAGACUCGUCUGCGAGACCAUCGACGCGUGCUCAGUCAAGGACAGGAUGCUGCCACAACCACUCCCACAUCUACUUCCUCAGCCUCUCGGCUGCAGAAUGUCAACCCUUUCGGUGCCGUCUCAGCUUCAUCGUCAGCAUCUGUGACGUCGCCUUUUAGCGGUGCAUCGCCCUCUGCUGCUCCACCCGCAUCACUUGCAGCACCCGCUGUCGUCACCUCGAACACUCACCAGCAGCAGCAGCGCGAUAGUAUCUCUUCAAGCAGCACUUCGUCGGACCCUGACGCAUUCAUCCCUCCUCCUGCCUUCAAUCUCGGCCGCAGAGAGAGCGUCAGCGCUGAGUCCUUGGCACCUUCGCUCGGCCCGUCUUCGCAUGAUGCAGAUGGAAAGCUUCUGCCGAAGACUGUGAUUCCAAAGACGGAUUCUCAAAAGGCGCGCAUCAAGGCAAGCAUUGGGAGCAACCUUCUAUUCAGGCAGCUCGACGAGCAGCAGUCCAAUGAUGUGCUCCUGGCAAUGAAGGAGGUCAAGGUGGACAAGGAUCACAUAGUUAUCCGUCAAGGUGAUCAAGGUGACUUUUUCUAUGUCGUUGAGAGUGGGACAUUGGACGUGCACAUCGACCCCAAGCUUUCUUCCUCGUUCAACAACAGUAUUCCGCGUGGCGGUCUGGCUGGAAGAGGCAGCGUCGGCAGCACGACCUCCAGUGACUCUACCCUCGGCGAAGAUCUGGGCCAUCAUCCACCAACAACCCAAGGGGGCAGCUCGAUUCCGCAUGGCCAAACCGCCGUCUCAUUUUUGGGAGAGUACAAGUCGUCUUAUGGACCGUCGAGUGCGUUUGGAGAGCUUGCCCUCCUCUACCUGCAGCCUCGCGCGGCGAGCAUCGUCAGCACUUCUCCCUGCGUCCUGUGGGCUGUCGAUCGAGUAACGUUCCGGUCGAUCUUGACAGAGACAAAUGGAAGAAAGCGGUGGACAUUGGAGAAAUUUCUGCGCAAGGUCUCACUCUUCGACACGCUCGACUCGAGCAGGAUCGCCAAGCUGGCCGACGCGCUGCACAUUCGCGAGUACAAGGUCGGCGAUCGAAUCAUCACCCAGGGCGAGCCGGGCCGGGAAUUCUUUAUCGUCCUCAGCGGCGAGCUGAUGGUGCAAAGGCGCCGCGCAGAGGGCGAAGAAGAGGUCCAAGUAGGCCACGUUAUCGCCGGAGAGUACUUUGGCGAAUUGGCCCUUCUCAAUAAUGCUCCCCGAGCCGCCUCGGUCGUGGCUGCCAAAGCCGGUCCCCCGCUCUCCUACAGCACCUCUUCAGGUGACGCACACGACGAGAGGAAUAAUAAGAUUCAGCUGGCCAUCCUCUCAGAAGAGGCUUUUAGGCGCUUGGUGGGCUCCCUCACGUCGACGAUGGAGCGCCACGCGGAGGAGCACUACUAUCACGGUGGUUCUGCAGGCGCUGGCGCCACUGUGGCGGCGGCAGCAUCCCCUCUUCCCUCGUCUGCUGUUGAUGUGCAAUGGGCGCCUCACGAUGUCAGUGCACCCUCCGAUCCAAGAGGCCCAGGCGCUGGCACCUGGGUUGGCGGUCUUGGUGCAUCGCCUUUCGGUGCUGGAGGAGCAUGACUAGCCGGCGACGAAGCCCGAGAGGAAGACAAGAUGCUUGUCGAUGAAGACAUUGAGUCCCCUCCUCGCCGCCACAAGAAACCUCGUUCCGAAGCGUGAACAGUCUCUCUUUCUGUUCAGCACUUCUUGCCCUAGUCACCUUCUUUCCAGCCUCCUUUUGUUCACCGUAGUGUUCGUCUUUGCUCGGAAUUCAGGGGUUCUUUUUCGC